GGCCCUGUGUCUGCGACUGUGAAAUACAAAUAAUAAAGCAAACCUGCUUUGGUUAUCUGGCCUGCCUAGUCAGUCACCUACUAGCUAUAGAUACAGCUGACUCCAUUGUCAUUAAAGAGACAAUCAGAGAGAGAGAGAGGGAGAGAGAGGGGUGUUUAUCUGAGCAAUCAGGAGGAGGUUACAGCCACUUGAGAAAGUGAAAGGUUGUGUUUUUAGCUUUGGAAUUGGGUUUUGGUGUUAUAUUUGAUCUGGGUUUUUGGUUGGGUUUAAGGGGCGUUUGUUUAAAUGACCAAGAGAGAAGUUAAGAGAGAAAGAGAUUAAGCAAAAGAAAGGCGUGGUCUUUCUCAUAUACACAGAUCCCUAUGGAAUGCAGGGGAUGCUCUCAAGCACUCGCUCCUUGAAAUUCAUUCUUUUUGUUUAGUUUAAAGAGACCAGUUUUGUUGUCUUUUGGGGGGGAGAAGGAAGUAGAGAGAGAGUGACAGAAUGUGGGGAGUUCCAAGUGAUUGCGAGUGUAUAGAUUGUAGAGUCUCUUAGAAAAUUAUCUUGCAAUGAGUUCUUCUGCUACACAACAAAAGGCCAACCUUGGAGCACAAGAGAUUUUGGUAUGAUUAGUUUAUUUGCUUGUCAACGAUUGACUAGCAGCUGACAGAGAUACACUGUUAAAUUACAAAAGAAAAGGUAGAGAGAGAUACAGGUAGAAGAUGAAGCCCGCGAAUGAUAACAAUGAAAGCAAUGAUAAUAAUAACUGGUUGGGGUUCUCUCUUUCACCUCAUAUGAAAAUGGAGGUUGUUUCAGACCCUCACCAUCACCACCAUCACUACUCUCCUGAUGCUGUCAGUACAAGCUUUUACUUAUCAAGUCCUCAACUCAGCAACCCUGGAAUCUGCUAUGGAGUUGGAGACAAUGGUGGGUUUCACUCUUCCUUGUCUGUUAUGCCACUGAAGUCUGAUGGGUCUCUCUGCAUCAUGGAAGCUCUCACUAGAUCGCAAAUUGAAGGCAUUGCGUCAUGCUCCUCACCAAAACUAGAGGACUUUCUAGGAAGUCAUGAGAGGGAAACAAUGGCUUUAAGCCUGGAUAGUAUAUACUAUCACCAAAAUGCAGAGCCUGAAGCAAACAGGCAACAUUCAAUGGGUCUUCUUCAGGAACCAUUCAGGCAGCAAAGCCAGUUCUCCAUUCAACAACACUCAUACUAUUCUGGAAUGCAAUGCCCAGCCAUGUAUCAGGCUCCACUAGAGCAAGAAUCCAAGGUCACCCAGCUUACAGAAUGUGAAUCCCAAAUGGGAGAUGAGGGUGUGCCUUGUUUGAGAAACUGGGUUACCAGGCAGUAUCAGACUCAUAACCACAAUGCACUGGAGCCGCAUUUGAAUGGCAGCAUUGUUGAUGGUGGUGGUGCCUCUGGGUCAAUUACUGCAAUGGGUGGUGGGGAUUUGCAAUCUCUAACCUUGUCUAUGAGCCCUGGUUCACAGUCCAGCUGUGUUACAGCUCCCGGACAGAUCUCACCUACCAGUGCUGAAUAUGUGGCCAUAGAAACAAAGAAGAGAGCUUCUGGAAAAGUGGGUCAAAAGCAGCCUGUUCAUAGGAAGUCUAUUGACACAUUUGGGCAGAGAACAUCACAGUAUAGAGGUGUUACAAGACAUAGGUGGACGGGUAGAUAUGAAGCACAUUUGUGGGAUAAUAGUUGCAAGAAGGAAGGACAGACCAGGAAAGGAAGGCAAGUAUAUCUUGGUGGGUAUGACAUGGAGGACAAAGCUGCAAGAGCCUAUGAUCUUGCUGCUCUUAAGUACUGGGGAGCUUCAACACACAUCAAUUUUCCGUUGGAAAAUUACAGGCAAGAACUUGAAGAAAUGAAGAACAUGACCCGCCAAGAAUAUGUCGCUCAUCUGCGAAGGAAAAGCAGUGGGUUCUCAAGAGGGGCUUCCAUGUACAGAGGAGUAACAAGACACCACCAGCAUGGUAGAUGGCAAGCUAGGAUUGGCAGGGUUGCUGGAAACAAAGACCUUUAUCUUGGGACUUUCAGCACUCAAGAGGAAGCAGCGGAAGCAUAUGACAUUGCUGCGAUUAAAUUUCGCGGGGUGAAUGCUGUCACCAACUUUGACAUUACUAGAUAUGAUGUUGAGAGGAUCAUAGCCAGCAAUACUCUCUUAGCCGGAGAGCAUGCUAGGCGUAACAAAGAGAUCGAAACAAGCAAUGAGGCCAUUGAUUAUACCGCAUCAGCAGCACAAAACAAUGCUGAAUCUAUUCAGGUUGAGAACAACAAUGGUGUAACUGGUUCAGACUGGAAGAUGGGCUUCUAUCAGUCACCACAGCAGGAAACAAAUGGUGAUAUCGGAUCGCUUGAGCUGAACUCGAUCAACAAUGGGGAUUAUAGGCAUUCCUCAUUCUCAAUGACUCUUCAAGACCUUACUGGCAUGGAUUCUGCUAACUCUACUCAGCAGCCAAUUAUGGAUGAGUCAACUAAAACCAGGACUCAAUUCUCAAACCAGUCAUCUCUGGUCACCAGUUUGAGCAGCUCAAGAGAAGCUAGCCCAGAUAAAGCUUGUCCUAGCGCACUGCAUUUUGCUAAACCACCUCUGGGAUCCAAGUUUAUUGGCGGCCCGGCAGCCGGUGUUAAUCCUUGGUUUUCAUCAACAGCUCAGUUAAGGCAUGCUCCUGCGGUCUCCAUGGCUCACUUGCCUCUUUUUGCUGGUUGGAAUGGCACCUAGGAUUAAUUUAAAAAAAAAAAAAAAAACCUAUGUUGUGACAAUGUGGAAGUUUUGCAUGAAAAUGAAAGGGGAGGAAAUGAUAAGAGUUAGGCCAAAAGAAAAAGAGAAGUUUAUGAUUUUGAUUAUGCAUGGUGGAGGAAAAUCAGGGGAUCAAUGGGAGACAAAAGUGGGGGCACUUAUGAUCUGUCUGUAACCCAAGUGCAAGAAAGUUGUUCUUUCAACACAGUUUUUAACUUUUGGCUCUUAUUGGAAUCAAGAUUAUGCAAAAUGGAUGGAAUGAUAUUUAGAUGGUCCAUCUAAUGAUUAAAUUCUGUGAAA